UCGAUGGUGGUCCGGACGUGAGGCCAAGGCAGGUAUCGGCGUGGGCGUCGUAAAGUAAACCUCCGAGUCCGAGGCGGUUACUUCUGUUUUUCAAAAACAAAAUCAUACGUGGAGGGCGGUAAUCAGUAGCCGCGAUUCUGGAUGUCAAAAGCUGUGCGCCCGAGCCCAAACAUCAUUGAGCCAACAAACCCUAACGUCUACUGCGGGCCUGCGGCCAUCCUCACCUCCGAUGAACAGUUGUCCCUCAUAUGGAAUAAGAAUCAAUCCUAGUUCACCUGUUACACAGAGUAACUCAAGGGGGCUUCUCUCUCCUUAACCUGUAAUUUACCCUUUGAAGCAUCCAUGGAUCUACUGCAAAGCUACACAGAUAAGAGUGAUGGUGAAGACGAAGAACAGAAGCCUACUUCAACAUCCUCCACUCCUUCCUCCCCAGAUUCAUCUCCUCCUCGAAUACCUCUACCAUCAAAAAGCUCAGCUCCAAAGGUUGAUGACACCAUGCUUGCCCUAACUGUUGCUGACAGAAAUAGAGCCCUUCACAAACCAAUUGAUCCUGCACAGCAUGCUGUAGCCUUCAACCCUACAUAUGACCAACUCUGGGCACCAAUCUAUGGCCCUGCACACCCCUAUGCAAAGGAUGGUAUCGCUCAGGGCAUGCGGAAUCACAAGCUAGGGUUUGUGGAAAAUGCAGCAAUAGAGCCUUUUAUUUUUGAUGAGCAAUACAAUACCUUCCACAAGUAUGGUUAUGCUGCUGAUCCCUCUGCUUCAGCUGGGAAUAAUUAUAUUGGUGAUUUGGAUGCAUUGCAGAAGAAUAAUGGUGUUUCUGUUUACAAUAUUCCACAACAUGAGCAGAAAAAGCGAAAGCUUGAGAAAAAGAAAGAAGUAACGGAGCAUGAGGAGAAUGAUCCUUCGAGUGAUGAUGUGGAUGUGGAUGUGUCUGAGGUAGAAAAUCCAGCAUCAGAAGAGUGGCUGAGAAAAAACAGGAAGAGCCCAUGGGCAGGGAAGAAGGAAGGGUUGCAGACAGAAUUGACAGAAGAGCAGAAGAAGUAUGCAGAGGAGUAUGCUGAGAAAAAGGCUGAGAAAGAGAGAGGUGGUGGUGGAGAUAAGACUGAAGUAGUAACAGAUAAAAGCACUUUUCAUGGGAAAGAAGAACGGGAUUAUCAGGGUAGGUCAUGGAUUGCCCCUCCAAAAGACGUUAAGGCAACAAAUGAUCAUUGUUAUAUACCAAAAAGGUGGGUUCACACAUGGAGUGGUCACACUAAGGGUGUAUCAGCAAUUCGGUUCUUUCCAAAGCAUGGGAAUCUGCUCCUUUCUGCAGGAAUGGACACAAAAGUCAAGAUCUGGGAUGUUUUCAAUUCAGGCAAGUGUAUGCGGACUUACAUGGGUCAUUCAAAAGCUGUUCGAGACAUCUCAUUUUCUAAUGAUGGGACCAAGUUUUUGAGUGCUGGAUAUGAUAAGAAUAUCAAGUACUGGGAUACGGAGACUGGGAAGGUAAUAUCAACAUUCUCUACUGGGAAGAUCCCUUAUGUUGUUAAGCUCAACCCAGAUGAUGAUAAGCAGAACAUCCUACUUGCGGGAAUGAGUGAUAAGAAGAUUGUUCAGUGGGAUAUGAACACUGGACAAAUCACACAAGAGUAUGAUCAGCAUUUGGGUGCAGUAAAUACCAUCACAUUUGUAGACAACAAUAGAAGGUUUGUCACAUCGAGUGAUGACAAGUCCCUUCGUGUGUGGGAAUUUGGGAUUCCUGUUGUUAUAAAGUACAUCAGUGAGCCUCACAUGCAUUCUAUGCCAUCAAUUGCACUCCAUCCCAAUUCAAAUUGGCUUGCAGCCCAGAGUUUGGACAAUCAAAUUCUUAUUUACAGCACAAGGGAGAGGUUUCAGCUCAAUAAGAAGAAGAGAUUUGCAGGGCAUAUAGUUGCAGGAUAUGCUUGCCAGGUCAAUUUUUCACCAGAUGGAAGGUUUGUUAUGUCAGGAGAUGGUGAGGGAAAGUGCUGGUUUUGGGACUGGAAAAGCUGCAAAGUUUUUAGAACCCUGAAGUGUCAUGAGGGUGUAUGCAUUGGGUGCGAGUGGCAUCCACUGGAACAGAGCAAAGUCGCAACUUGUGGCUGGGAUGGCAUGAUUAAGUAUUGGGAUUAGCAUUUCUUGCGCUGUGCACUUUGAAAUCCUGGAAAUCUGGUGCAGUUCUCCGCUUGGGGAUAGGGGAACAAGAAAGACGUGGAUUUGGAACCAUUGCUCCUAUGUACUUGUUUCUUGUAACAUGAUUUAUAACUAUCUCUUCCAAGUUUUUAUAGUCCAUUAUUACUUGAUCAUCUGCAAUUUUCCAUCUGUCUUUUUUGUGUGGACAGCAUUCCAGCAUAAUGCAAUGAAAUUCACCAGUGUCCAGUGUAAGCCGUUAGGAGUACUUAAAGAUUGGUUGUUUGAUGACCA